AUGGCCAAUCCCGAAGAACAAAUCGCCGCCCAGCUCCUGAGCAGCAAGUCACUUCCGGUCUCAGCAGCAUGGCUCAGUAAUUUCAUUGACUCGACUGCGCACCAGCGAAACGUGCCCCUCUCGGCCUUGACCCAGACGGCCUUAUUUCGCAUCCUUGCAUCGGACUUUAGAGAUUCUCUCUCCACACGAACACCGUCGUCGCUCCUUCCCGUCGACGUCUUAGACCCCACCGUACAAGAAAGACGACUCCAAAGCUUGAUCCCUGUCCAGGUCCUCGAUAUCGAGGACAUCGGCGCGAGUCUCUGGAGCCAAGUGGAAGCCAUUGAGCGCGUGGAACGCGGAGAGGCGAUCCGAGGACGGGAGAUUGUGCGGACGAUUAAUGUGGACGCAGACCCGGAGCAGAACGCGGAGUACCGGUGGGAAUCGUACUUCUGCGCAGCCAGAAACGGGAAAUAG